CCGAAUACCGACGUUGUCGUAAUAAUACUAUAUACACAUCGCCUACUACAGGAAUGCUGAAUUCUAAUUCGUUUUUUUACGUCCUACAAAGUGGUUUUUUUCAACAGAAUAAAUUAUAUAUACAUUUUUUUGCUAUAGUGAAACUGGUGAAAGCAAUCCGGUUGAUUCGAUCGUUCAGAUCUCUUAGCUUCAGAAUCAAAUCGAAUAAAGUGUCACAUUAUAACCAUGCAAAACAUUAUCAACAACGUUAAAGGUACUGCCCUAGGAGUCGCUGGAUUAUUAACUCCAGUCCUAAAGGAAUCAAAAUUUAAAGAUACAGGAGUAGUUACACCAAAUGAAUUUGUUACUGCUGGCGACCAUUUAGUGCAUACAUGUCCAACCUGGGAAUGGGCUUGUGGUGAUGAAUGCAAGAUUAAAUCUUAUUUGCCAAAAGACAAACAAUAUCUGAUUACAAGAAAUGUUCCCUGUUUACGUCGAUAUAAACAAAUUGAGAACUAUGAAAUUCUUGAGAAUAUUGUUGAAUUGGAUGAAGGAAAUGAAGGAUGGGUUGAGACUCAUCAUUUUGAUUCUUCACUUUUGUCUUUUAAUGAAAAAAUAUCCGAAAUAUCACAUGAAGAAAAUAAUGAAGGUCAAAACAAUGGUAAUCAAGAUUCCAACAUAAUGAUCCACGAAAAUCAAAUUAUAAAAACUUGUAAUUUCUAUACUAAAAAUAAUAGUAUAGCUGAUGAUGACGAUGAAGGUGAAGCAAUAGAUAUGGAUGCGUUUGUAGAAAGUGGUUUACUGGAAGAUGAUUCGGCAACCGUUUAUUCAACACAAAAAGAAAGAAAACAAUUAACAAGUACAUCUACUGAUGAAAUAUUAAAAACCCGAACAUAUGAUUUACAUAUAACAUAUGAUAAAUUUUAUCAAACACCGAGAUUGUGGAUUUAUGGUUAUAAUGAAGAUAAAAAACCAUUAAGUGUUGAAGAAAUAUAUGAAGAUGUGAGCCAGGAUUAUGCAAAAAAAACUGUUACUAUGGAGUCCCAUCCUCAUAUCCCAGGUCCGCUGAUGGCAUCAAUACAUCCCUGCAAACAUGCAAAAGUUAUGAAAAAACUAAUCAAAAUGAUGACAAAACGAAGAAAACAUUUAAAAGUGCACAUGUACUUAAUUAUAUUUUUGAAAUUUGUACAAUCAGCUAUACCAACUAUAGAUUAUGAUUAUACACAGAAUAUUAAUUUAUAGUAAUAAUCAAGUUGUUUAUAUGUAAAUGUCAGGAUGAUUUAUUUUCAAUCCAAAUUGAUUACAUAAAAAUGUUAAAUUAUUUCAAUACAACGCUUCAAUAGAAUAACAUCAGCUACUAAAUAUUGUAAGCAGUCAAUAUUUUAAAAUUUAAAUAUAAAUUAUCACAAAAUUAUUAUUAAUUAAAAUUUAUUAUUUUAGCA